AUGGCGUGCAAGACGAAGAGCCUGCUGUUGGCGCUCUGCGUGGCGGCGCUGAUCUCGGCGCAGUCGGAGUCCCACGGCCUAGGGGACUUCACGAGCGGCGAGGCGACGACGACGCCGGAGAUGCAGACCUUCUUCAAGCCCCAGGCCGCGGCGGCGCUACCGGAGGCACUCGACGCCUCCAUGGUAGCCAAGCCAGAGGCCACUGCGCUCCCGGCCGCCGCCGCCACGACAACGGGCGCCACGGCGCCGUCAGCCACGCCGCGCAGGCCCGUGUCUGUGGUCGCCGGCGUGGCGGUCGUGGCCGUGGCCGGCAUCGCAGAUCGCCCAGAUGCAGUUGCGUAG